AUGGCUUCGAAACCAGGUCGUAGGACCUCUCUGAGGCUUGAUUUGUCUCAUGGCGCUCCUCUAGAGUCGCCACCAGGCAUUGCUGCGUUGUUUUUGAUCCGCUUCGAUAUCAAGAAAGGAUAUGUUAUUUCAUGGCAAGAGUCGAUACCGGGUAUCGACCUCGAAGGCGCCGUCGAAUACAAGUCACUCCCAUCGGGGCUACACAACGUUUCGGAGGAUCUCAUAUAUUUCGUCCACGAUGAAUACGCUGGAAUAUGCGCCUUCGUAAAUCAGCCUGCUGCCGAAGCCGAGCGCAAUGCUCUGAUGCUAGCUGUAGGUGUCUUGGUUCCUCUGAGCUUUGGAAGACUCGGGAAGAGCUGGAGACAUGCGGCGGGACUGAAGAAGCUUGCAAAGCAAUGCGCGAACAAUAUAUCCGAUACCCAAGCCCUAGAAGAAUAUUGGGACAAGUACCACGUUCGCGAUAACGAGCUGAGACUAGAAGACACACCACCGGACUCUCCUGCCGUGCUUCGCACAUCGUUGAAAGCAGAUCAUCCUCUACGGUCGAGGAGUUCCCUCAGCGAUGCAGCGGGUUUAGAAACAACCAAACCAUUCCUAGCACCUUAUCACCCUGCCUUAUCACUUCCGGACUUUCUCGAAAAUUUUGGCCCUCUGAUAUUCCCUCUAUAUCGAGCUUCUCUCCUACGAAAAAGAAUACUGAUUGUGACCGAAGCUCCGGUUCAAAUAUCCUGUGACUAUGUCUAUGCGCUUGCACUGCUAUCAUCUCUUCCCCAAUCACUCUCUGCCUUCUUUGAUCAGGAUGGCACACCACCUCUCCGCCCGCGACCAAUCUUCAACGUGGGCAUCCACGACAUUCCCUUUCUCUCGACGAACUCCGAUACAUCUUCAAGCUGGAUUGCCUGCACAACAGACAACGUCUUAGCAACAAAGACCGACCUUUUCGACAUAUUAGUUACUAUGCCAACGAUCUACUCACCACAUAAUCCACAAAAGACCUUCCCCAAAAUCGAAAUUGUUCACCGCGUCGACGCACAGCCAAAAGCCACCAAACUCGUCACCCUAAAGGCAACACAACGCGACGGUCGUCGCUUCGUCUUACUUCGCGAUGGACUCCGUCGCUUAUCCAGCGCCGAGACAGAACAAGACCAGAAACCGAACGAUAACAUAGACGACGCCGCAUCAACCUUUUCAUCCUCCUCAAUCAUUGAACCCUUAUCCUGGCCACGAUUAGCAUACACAUCCUUCUUAUGGUGGGCUUCCGCAGGCGAAAAGCGCGCCGGGUUAUCCGAAGAUGAAGAAGAGCAAGACGAACAGGAUACAAGUUUAUUACCAAAUACACAUCAAGGCGGCCUUGCCCAUCCGGGACUUCAGUCGUAUGAAAUCGAUCAGCCGAGAGAGAUAGCGCUUAUAGCUUACUUCCGCCGCUUGACGACGCUUAUAUUCACAACCCUCGCCGACGCUGUUGCUCGUCAAGACGCAAUCGAUGCAACAGACGAAUUUACCGCAACAGGCGAAUACCACGACGACCCCGAUGGCGACGCUGAAUCAUUCUCCGCCGACCGUGACACCAAUCCCCUCCUCCCCGCUACCACCGACAUCCACGGCAAAGAAGAAGAUCUACCACACGUCUCAAUCACAUCAUCCGACAUUUCCGAAAUGGGCCUCGACAUGUGGAGUGCCACAGAUCGUGUAUUCAUUGAAGAAUUAUUGCAGAUAUGGUGGGGACGCAGAGCGGAUAUAAAUGGGACGAGGAUUAGGUGUUGUGGUAUACCGAUAUUGUAA